AUGGGAGACCUCACAAGUCAAUUCGCCCUUCCUCUCCAAGGCAAGUUAGCGAUUGUAACGGGAUCAUCACGUGGUAUUGGUGCCGGCAUCGCAUGGGAGCUUGCACGUCGCGUUUUGGGCGAGAAUUUGAAGGCUAAAGAGAACCAGGUGUGCAUCACCUAUGUCUCAAACAGUAGUAAACUUCCCGUCGAGGAUCUUAGGGUUAAGAUCGGCCAACUCCCCCACAAACCAACCACAUGGGCCUGCCAGGCCGACCUGUCAACGACCACGGGCGCUCAGGAGGUCAUCUCGCAGCUCAAGACUCACUUUGGCAGCCAUGAACUCCAAAUUCACAUUCUGGUGAACAAUGCCGCCACCGAGACAGUGGGCGAUAUGCAGAGCUUAACGCUCGAGGAUUACGAUAAGGUUUUCAAUCUCAACGUGCGUGGUCUCAUGCUCAUGACACAGGCCGUGGUUCCGUACUUAGUACCCAAGGGCCGUAUUAUCAACUUAAGCUCCGUAGGAGCGCGAUCCGGCUUCAAAAACGUCAGCCUUUACAGCGCUUCCAAGGCCGCCGUCGAAGGUUUCACGCGCAGCUGGGCUAGCGAGCUGGGUAGGAAUGGCACGACGGUCAAUGCUGUGGCGCCAGGACCUGUGCCUAGCGAUAUGCUGGACAACAUCCCUAAGGAAAUUGUCGAUAUGCAGAAGACGACGACGCCUAUUGAGCAGCGACUUGGCACAACGGAGGAGAUUACAAGCAUUGUUGGGUGGUUGGCAGGGCCCGAUGCCUCAUGGGUGUCGGGACAAGUCAUCUGUGCAAGUGGUGGUUGGUCAAUGUAUUAG